AUGGAUUCUCCAGAUGAAGAUGAAUUGUUCGAAAAAUAUGCUGAAGCUAAGCGAAAGACAAAAGUAAUGCGAAAGUUUUUGUCAUUCAAUGAGCGAAUUGAACAAAUGGGAGGUGAUAAUGGAAGAUUUUCGAGAAAGUUAGCCACAGAAACAUCAUUUGAGACAUAUUUCGAAGAUACACUGGAAACGUGGAGAGCUGAAGAUCAGGGGCCCGACCUAGGUUAGUCAUUUCGAAAAACUAAGUUGAAGAAUUAAAAUGAGUAACAAAUUUCAGAGUCGUUUGUUGUUUCAAUUCAAUCUAAUAGUAUCAAAACUUAUGCUCAACUUCUUCAUAAAGCCGAUAGCAUUUUCGAAUCUUUAUGCGAACAUAUUGUCAAACCAGAUUGUCAUUCGAUCCCUGCUUUCUGUGGAAUUUUAUCGGCAUUGGCUAGAGAUCUUCGUGAAAAAUUCAAUCAAUAUUGUUGGCGAUCUUUUGAGAUUUUGAUCAAUAUUCUAGAUAUCGGAGAGCGAAUUCCGGAAAAUGUUGAAGCUGCUUAUCUUUGUCUAACUGUUCUAGUAAAAGUACAAGCGACAACAUUAUCAAAACAACUCAAAAAGACAUUCGUUCAUUUUCUUCCACUUUUUGCAAGCAGUCGUGGAUUUGUUAGACGUUUUGCAGCAGAAUCAUAUGCAUAUUUAUUACGAAAAUCGAGUGAUUUACGAUCAGUAUCAUUGUACAUCGUCAAACAAGCAUAUAAGGUGAAGCUUUUUUUCUAUUUAAUAAUUUUCAUGAUAUAUUUUUAGACUCCCCACAAUUAUCUUUCUGAUGGUUGCGCUCUUUUGUUUUAUACAACAUAUAUUGGUAUUGCUGGUACAUUUCACAGCAACAGUUCUCAAUAUCUUCGAGAUAUUAUUUCUUCAUUUGUUUCUUUACCAAAUGAUGAUUUCAAGGAGUUUUGUCUCAAAAUACUCAUUCAAAUGAUUGGUUAUACAAUUGAAUAUGCAAAAAAGUCUACAUAUCCAAACAGAUUCUUUUAUCAUCAUGUUUUGACGGUAUGCUAACUUAUAAUCCAACUGAAAAUAUGGUUUUAUUUGUUUUCAGAAAAUGCUUGGUGAAUCGAAGAAUAUUUUGGAAGCCAGUUGUUUGAUGAGACUUCUUCAUCCUUGUAUUGUUACAUCAGAUGAUGAAUUUUUAAAUGAAGUAAAUCGUAAAAAAGAAGAAAAGAGACAAUUUGAACAAAAGGAAAAAGGGCAAAAAUGAGUUCAAAACCGCAGAAAAAGUUGUGUUUGAAUGUCCACAAGAAUUAAGAUCAGCAAUUCAAUAUGUGGUCAAAUUCGACGAUUUCAAAUUGGAUCAAUAUGUUGUUGGUUUUAUCAGUGAAACACUUCUCACAAUUUUCAAUGAUGAUAAAAAUCGGCUAUUUUCCAAGGAUAUUACUUUGAGCAUUGUUGAAAAAUCAAACGAUUAUGAGGCUAUUAUUGAUAUGCUUUUGAAAUUGAUUGAAUUGGAUUCAUUUGAUCUUUAUCUUAUGCCAUCAUUAGGGAAAAUUGCCGAUGAAAUUAUCAAGAAUGAUGCAAAUAAUAAUGGUAUUCUUCGAAAAAUCACAAGUUUUUAUGCAUAUCUUUGUUCUCAACGGCGACCAAUUAAAGAGACAAUUGAUAGAGGUAAAACAAAUGGAACUAUUCAAAUUAUAAAUAAAUUAAUUACAGAGUCUCGUUCAAACUUUUUCGAUCUUUCACAUCAUUCUUCAUAUCGUGAUUGGUUGGUUAAAAACUUGGAAUCAGAUUUGGAUGAUGAAUUUCUACUUGAUAUGCUUAUUUCUUGGCCAUGGCUUUUUUCUCAGUCGAAAAAUGUUGAUGGAACAGAAAAUGUGAUCAGAAUAAUUGAAAAAUACAUCAAAUCUGACAACAAGAAUAUAUUAAACAGUCAAGUUGUGUUAGCCGCCGUUUCUGGAAUUUAUAUGAUCAACAAGGAACUUUUGAAAACUAUUGAUAUGAUUUUUGUUGAGCAAUUCAUAAGGUAAAAAUGAUAGCUAAAUUCAAAAAUUAUAUGAAAUUUAUUCAGAAAACAUAAUUGCUGCGAAUCAUCUCUUCUUGCUUUCGAAUUGUUUGUCAAAGUUUUGGGAGUUUCGAAAAAUGUCGAAUAUAUGAAUAAAGUUUCUGAACUGGUUUAUCCUGCAUUUUUGAAUUCAAAUGGAAAUGUUCGAUUAACUGCACUCCAAAUUUUGCGAAACUUCAAGCUGAAAAUGAAAUCGAUCACUGAUGAAGACGGAAAUGUUUGUUUUUCAACUAUUUUAGUCAUAAACAUCAAUAAUUUUCUAGGUUCAGUGUCAAACAAAAUCCGCAUUUGAUGUUUUAUUUGAAGCUGAAAGUAGUGAACUUAUCAACUUCAGAGAACGUCUUUUACAUUUCCGAAAACUUCGUCACGGACAACAUAAAGAAUAUAUUCCAGAAGGAAGUUCGGAUAUUGUCGAAAAAAUUGUAUUGACUGAACUACUAUCACAAUUUUUUGUCAAUUUCACACCACUUUGGAAAGGUAUUCACGAACUUUUGAAAGAAUUUGCUCAAGAAAUGAAUAUUGAUAUGUUUUGGGGAAUUGUUGGACAAUGGAUUGAUAAUGUUAAUAAACGUGAGUUUUCUGUGAAAUUGUUAAAAGAAAUAAUAAAUGAUUUUAGAUAUCAAGGGAAGUUCUGAAAAGACUGGAUUAUCUGAAAAUGGGCGUAUUAUUGGUGUUGAUUUAUCAAAUCGAUCAGAUUUUGUGAAUGCGCGUAUUCAAAGUUAUAACUUUUUCGAAUCAAUUCCUGAAGUUGCUGAAAGACGAACCAGAAUUCUUAGUCCUUUAGUUUUAGAACUUUAUGAGUAAGUUACUUUUCAAGAAUUUUAAAAAUUAAUUUUCAAUUUUUCAGUGAUUUCAAUCGAUUAACUUCUUCAACAGCGAAAAUUGAAAAUCUCAUACAAGACGAGGAAGAAGAAGAAGAAAAUGAAAAUGAAGAAGAAACAAAUGAAGGAGAAGAAUCUGAAAAAAGAACUGAAAUCGCUCAUAUUUUAAAAGCUCUCAAUUCUCUUCUCAUUGUUUAUUCAAAAUUCAACGCAGCAAAAGCAACAUAUUUAGAACCAAAACUAUUGGAAAUGUAUGAAAAAUUGUUGUCAACAAAAUAUGAAGGACUUCAAAAAUCAGCAUUGGCUUGUAUCUGUUCGUAUAGAAGUUCAAUUUUGGCGCAAUAUCGAGAGAAUUUGGAUAAUUUGAUAGAUGAAGAUAAACUUCGUCAAACUUUGAUUUAUUUCAAAUUAUCGAAUGAUGAAGAUGAUGUACAAGUUAUUGAUGAACAUCGACCUGUUAUUGUUCCGAUUUUGUUGCGAAUUUUACAUGGAAAAUUGAUUGCAAAUCCAAAGAAAAAAGGUGCAAUUUCAAGACGAAAUGGUAUAAUUUAUGUUAUCGGUGGAUGUCGAAGUGAUGAAUUGACCUUCUUUUUCAAAUUGUAUUUUUCCCAAAUCUAUAGUAUUUUUGGUAAGUAAAAGUCGAUUUUUUUAAAAUAAAAUAAAAUAAUUAAUGUUUUUUACAGGUUCUUCAAGUUCUUUCGAUGAAAUUGAGAAAAUUUGCCAGAAAGAAGGUUUCUUUUCAAAUAUCAAUCUUCGAGUUUUUCUUGGGUAA